CACUGCGCCUGACAUCAUUCCAAAAGAAAAAAAAAAAGAAAACAAAACAAAGAUAAGUUCUGCUAAUAUGGAAGCCCUAGACAUCCUGGAGAAGCGCAUCGAUGCCCUGACGCGAGUCCUGGGUCCCCUGCCCGAUGCGCCAGAGUCGGGCGAGGGCGUGGUGGACGCACUGUGCUCAGCACACGCACUUCUGGGCGAAGCCACCACGGGAAGUGUUCCUCUGCAGCAGUGCGUGAAGCGAGCUCCCGAACUGGAGAAAUACCUGGAUCCCAACUUCCUGGAGGAGCAGCAGCAGGUACGAUCCAAGGAGGUCUACCUGCAUGCCGUGGCUCCCGAGCUGAGCACCCAGGCCGAGCAACUGGAGAGGAUAAAGCAACUGGAGCCGGCCCUGGGAGCGGAGUACUUCCGCAGCAUUCCCAGCGAGUGUCUGGAUCAGUUGAAGCAAAUCACUCAGAACAACGGCGAGUAUGCACAGCAAAGUGAGCUCAUAGAGGAAAGUCUUGUGUUGGCUAUGAAGCGGUAUGGUGAGAUUCAGGCGGGGUUACUAAGUUCUCUGGACGCGAUGAGCGAGAGACUGGACCAGGUGGAGCAGCGGAUGGAGGAGAAGAAGCGGGCGGAGCUUAACAAGGAUGUGCCGCCCAAGGAUUAAGUGCGUUCGCCUAGAGACUGCUGAAAGUAUUUUGUACACUCAUGUUUUCCCAGACAUACCAAGUCGAAUUUGGUCUUAGAUAUUGCUAAAAAUUUCUCUAUCUUGAAUACGCUUUCCAUUAAUUAAAUAUAGUAUUUAGUUAAAUAGAAAGCUGAGAUUUGAGCAAUUCUAGACCCAAUUCGAUUGGAAUCAACAGGGAAUAUUAGAAAUUCUAACCACUCUUUGUUAUAACGAAUAGUGGUUUCUGAUGCUAUUUCAUUUGUAAGUUUCCUUUUUAAACAUUAUUUAACGCUAGCACAAUAAAAUACUAUCAAAUUAUAA